AUGGCAACUGUUCCACCAGGAAAACAGCCAAUAAAUCGUGAAAGAGGGUUCAGUGGUGUAAGUGCUGGCAGCGGUAUCAAUGGCUCACUGAGUCCAAGCGGGAUCAAUCCUAUGCGACAGAGGGCAAGUUUUGACAAAUCAUCAACACGCAAUGGAUCCUCGAUCAGGAGCUUUCAAGAUAGCAUCAAUCAGCCCUCGUUACCAAAAGGCUUUGAGAGUAUGCUGAAAACUACAACCGAGACAGGGGAUAUCGGUUUAUUCUCCAUCAAGCCAUCACGCUUGCCUCAAACUUUCAAUGCAUUGCCACGACGCAGCAAUGGAGGUUACAGAGAUAUUGAUCCGCAGAGAUCACGUCCAACUUUUUCGCCGUAUGGGAUGCCCGCUGUUGAUGAUAGAAGACGACUACCGUCCUACACAAGAAAGGGUUCCUCGGGAGUCAGACCAUCAUAUGAUUCUGCCAGCGUUAACUCGGUCAAUUCAAGUAACAGGGGUUUUGAGGAUCCCGAUUAUCGAUCUUAUUCCAUGACCCAAACAGCAUCCCAAUCACCAUAUACUCUUUCUAACCAAAGAUCCUACGCCAGCCUUCGUAGUCAGCAGGAUGGGUCUGCACUUGUCCAACGACCUCGAUCGCCAUUCGCAUAUCCAACACGCCUGAAGAGACCCGGGUUCAGACCUUCCUCCCCCGCACUCACUGACGGCGGUGGAAUAGACUAUAGUCGCCGUGCAGAGAUUGAUCGAAUGCCUCAUGGAGCGGUCCGAAACGUAUCUUCUCCAGCUUCUUUAUAUGCCCAGAAACGAGUACCGCCACCAUUGUCACUACGACCAGACGCGAACCGAUCGACUCAUUCAUUGUUAAGUCAACCUUCGCCAAGGAGGCGUACGCCAAGUCCCAACCUACGACAGGGAAAUGGAAUGGUUGGACCAGAUUGGCAACGCCGCAACGGCCCAUCUUCAAUUAACACAUCUCCAGCUCGAAGUACACUUAGUCUUUCCUCAACUACCAAUUUUGCCCCGCCGACUUUGUCUCAAUCAGCAACAAAUACGCCAGGAAAACCAUCACCUCUGUACUAUGACUAUACGGAAGAUUUUGAGGUGGAAACCCAGAAUCGGUCAAACUUGGAGCCUCCGCCGCAAUUCCAACUGCAAAGGACAAUUCACGAGGAUCGACCCUUAAGUUCAGCACUUCGGCCUCUUGCAAAUAGUCUUCCCUCCAGACUCAAUGCAAAUAAUAACCAUCAUCUUCGUGCAUCAUCAUCGGCCUCAACCAUAAUUCGACAUCCUAUGAGGAAGAAAAGUGCAGAAAGUGGAAGUGGGAUUCCAAAUAAUGGUGGUCAUGUUCGAGCUGCACUUAGUAUCAGCGCAAGGGACUGUGAGAACUCUGCGCCAUCUAACAGUGUUCUUGAUGAUGCCAGCUCUAUAGAUAUAUCAAGUUUAGGUGCCAAUGCUCAAGAGUUGAGCUCACGGGUGUCGAGAGCAUUUGGCCUACACCCUUCACCGCAAUUUGAAGUCACGAUUACCUCAGACUAUGAGGAAGUUGAAGUCAAGCAGACCGAGCUUGCAAUUAGAGAAGUUGGUAAUAUGAUUCCAAAAGGCGGACUUCAACAACGGAGUUCAUCAUUACCAACCACAAAAAUAGCAGGCGAACUAGAAACUUCUCCAUCGAUCAUCGAGCCACAACAAACCUCUACUAAAGGCGAUGCAGGCGAAGGUAUUAUUCGUACGCCUGGAAAGCAAUCUCUUGAAAGUCUUCCGGAUAGCACAGAGCUUCAGCAACCAUCGGAGGAUACAAAUGAAUGUGACGGUUCGUCCAAAUUCAACUCUGCGCGUACAAGCAAAGUCAGAUCUAGUGGCAUCUCCACCAUUGGCAAUGGUCUUGAUGAAUUAGCCGAUCUGAUUUCGACCGAUGAUGCUGGUCGAUCCAACACCUUUGACAAUGAAUAUACUGGACUACGAAGAACUCCUAUGAUGUCGCCAACAUUGCCUCGAGACUCUUACUUUGAUCCUCCCUCGGUGCAGCGUACCAGCCCUCCCUUAUCGCUGGUCAAGAAAUUGGAGCGAAGUUGUGCUCAAACUGUGGCUACUGAUAAAAGCCUCGAAGAUGGGCUUCAAGUUCAUGAGGGGCGAAUCGAAAAGGGCAAGCUACCCGACUAUAGGCCACCCGAGUUUCAAAGCCUUGGUGAUCAAGCUCCAAGUAAGAUCAUGCCUAGAUCUGAGUCUCCAAUGUUAGCACCCAAGCCUAUCUCACCAGCAAGGGAGUUGAAAUUGAAGAACAGCGUACCACAGCUUAUGAAAUCUCUCCCCAAAAUACCCGACUCUUCAAUUCGUGGAUUGGCAGUGCCUGGGAGGUCUGCUCUUGCGGAUGCUGAUAUGCCUUUUCAUCUCUCGGAAUUUUCCCCAAAAAAGAAUUUUGGAACAAUCGAGGAAUAUGCAGUGAGCGCAUCGUCAAUCGACCCACCUAAAAUAUAUUCUUCUAUAGAAAAGGAGAAGCUCAAAAAGUCAACGGAGGAAGCUGAAUUGAUCUCUAGCCCAGUUCAUAAACAUAAAAUUGAUCCAUCUAGAGAGAGUCAUGGCCCUCGCUCUUCGCCCAUGAAGUUGAAGCUGAAGGUUAGAAAUUCUGUUGCAGAGAAGGCAUCAUCUUCGGAUCUUCGGGCACGAAAACAUGAGGAGACUUUCUCAUGGGCUAGUUCGCAGGACAGUAAUAUACCUCCGAUUAGCCAAGAAGAACAAAGUGGAGAUUUGAAGCCUGCUAAGCUCAAAUUGAAACUUAUCAGAGCUACAGGCUCAGAAGCUUCCGGAACUGUAAGAGUCCAUGACCAAUCCAGAUCUAGCAACGAUCUGCAUGUCUCAUGUCCGAAAGAUCUAUUUACGCCUACCAGUGGAAUUGACAAUAUAUUCAGGCAAGUUAGUAAGCAUCUUCAUUCGCGGAGACCUAGUGCGAAUAGUGAUCAACAUUCUGGAGAUGUUAUUGAGAUGAUGCCAAGCCAAGUAUCGCUGAAUUUGUCUUCUCGCUUGAAUCUUGGCGUGCCUCAUGCUGAUCUAUCAGGAAACUUGCCGAGCCCCACUGACGCCCGAAGCUUUUUCUCCGAUGACAGUUCUCAUCGCAAUGGUGGUCAUGGUUUACGAAAAAGAAUUUCAAACUUUCGAGCUCGCGUUGGUGUGCCAUACGUAGCUCGUAAUGGAUCAUAUUCUUGUGAUGACAUAGUCUGGAGAGAUCAAGUUGGAGGGGUUGGCCAAUCGCCUCUAGCUGUCAAGUCCGUCGCUGAUCUCAACGCCACGAGGACCAGCUUCAUAGAUUCACCAAAUCCUCGACGUUCAGAGCAUAGGCUGCAUGGACAUCGGUUGCGAGCAAAAGUGUCUGAAUGGUUUCGUGGAGCUCGAGCUGCUAUCUCGGCUCGUGUCAAAUCGCGAAGUACAACCAGUACUGGUAAUGAAAGAUCAAGGGCUAGUGCAUGA